AAAUUUAUUACUCAUUUUUUGUAACUGAUUUUAUCCAUUCUGAUAAAACCCAAAACCAAAAAAGAACAAAAAGGUUAUGCUUUUCUGCAAAAGUCCAUGGCUACGCUAAGAGUUCCGGAUGUUGUUCCUUCUCCAAGACAAGACUGUGAAAGACUCAGAAAAGCCUUCCAAGUAGUAGAAACACCUCCUGGUACUACUACAUGUUUGAAUGUAGUUUUGUGCUGUUCAUGUAUUCUGGAUUCAUGGUUAGGCCUGGGAACCGACGAAAAGGCAGUCAUAAAGGUGUUGGGACAUAGAAAUGCAAGUCAGAGGAGGAUAAUCGGAGAAACUUAUCAGCAGCUUUACGAUAAGUGCCUCAUUGAUGACCUUAAUGCUGAAUUGUCCGGUGACUUCAGGAAAGCUGUUAUCCUGUGGAUUUAUGAUCCUCCUGAAAGAGAUGCAAGGCUGGCAAAUGAAGCCUUGAAUUCCAGGAGGAAAGGUGUCAAUGAACUGCAAGUAAUUGUUGAGAUAGCAUGUGCAUCAUCUCCUCACCAUUUGAUUGCUGUAAGACAAGCAUAUUCAAUUCUAUUCGACAGUUCACUUGAAGAAGACAUCAUAUCAAAUGUUCCAAUGUCUCUCCAAAAGGUUUUGGUUAGUUUAGUCAGUUCCUAUAGAUAUGACAAGAACGUAGUUGAUUCUGCUAUUGCCAAUUCUGAAGCUGCCAAGCUAUAUGAAGUUAUCAAGACGAAGAAAUUAGAUCACGAUGAUUUUCUGUCCAUCCUUAGCACCAGAAAUGUUUUCCAGCUGAAAGAAACUUUCCUGCAUUACAGGAAAAACUUUGGAAAUUCCAUAGAUGAGGACAUUUUGAAUUGUGGCAAAGGCAAUUUGGAAUCCAUUUUGAAGGUGGCCAUCUGGUGCAUAGACUCCCCUGAAAAACACUUUGCAGAGGUGACUAGAGCUUCCAUUGUUGGGUUUGGGACUGAUGAGGAUUCUCUGACUAGGGUGAUAGUAACUCGAGCAGAGAUAGAUAUGAUGAAAGUUAAGGGAGAAUAUUUCAACACCAACAAAACUAGUCUUGAUAGUGCAGUUAUUGGUGACACUUCAGGGGAUUAUCAAAAUUUCCUCAUGACCUUACUUGGAACAAAUGUCUAAAUUGCUGCACAUGGCAAGGAUCCUAUCCUCUAUUCAUAUGAAUGUGUGAUCGCAAUCAAAUGUUAGGCGAACAUUGAUUGGAAAGUAGUAUUUUAAGAAUAUUGAUUUUUACAUGUAUAUUAGGUAUGUGAAGUUACUUGAAUAAAACUACGUUUGAUUUCUA